AAAUCGUUGGAUAACUAUCGACAAGCCAACAUGUUUCAACAUACAUGAAAUUCGCGUGUUCAACAGCAACAAGAACAACAUACACCGUGACAAGGUUUUGAUUCUGCUAUAAAGCACCGCGGCAAAGCUACUCUUCCAGUUUUUAAACGAAUUUCGAGUAAACCCCGCAAAAAUGGAUUAUCGCUUGCGGUUCGCACUCUUCUACCCAAUCGUAGUAAUAUAUUUACAGUUGCAGGCGGCAAAUGCCAAUGACCGCAAUAUUGAGCUGAAUUCCUUUCAACCGAUGUCGGAGUACGACGACACCUGGGUGGGUUGGGAUACUUUGCGCUUGAAAAAAAAAUCGCGCAAGGAAUUGGGCAUGACUGGCGAUGUAAAGAUCAACCAGAAUUUGGGCAACGAGCAGCAGGUUUCGCUGCAUAUUUACAAAUACGAUCGUGAGAGUAAACGACGCGGCCCGAUUGUGUUUCAAACGCAAAAACCUUUCUGUAAACUAGCGGAGUCACUCGAGAGCACAUAUGAUGGCAUGGUAAAAGCAUCAAAUUUACCGGAAAAGUUCGAGUGUCCAUUUCCUAAGAACACCUACACCUACAAGGAUUAUAUACUCGAUACCGAUAUCCUUGUGAAGGACGUGCCGAAUGGCGAUUAUUUGAUUGUGGCAGUUUUGAAAAAUAACGGAAAGGCUGUUAGUGGAAUCGAAGUGGAUGUGACAGUUUCGAAUUAAAGCAUUAAUUGCCGCGAAAAUGUUUUUUAUUUCACAAAUAUUAUUUUAUUAGAAAUAAUAAUUAUAUGCUAACUAAUUUUUGACGUUUUCAUACAUAUACAUAUAUAUUGAGUACAACUAUGUAUUUCUGCUGCUGAACUACUUAACGACCUUUAUAGAUAAGAAUAUUGUGAAAUACAAAUAAAACAUGUACUAAAUGGAA